AUGGCGAGCCCGUCAGCUGCCGGUGGCGAGGUUUCCAUCCGAAUGCCCUCUGCUGCUGAGGACCCUGUAUGUGGCAUGUUGCAGCAGAGGAGGAGGAGGAGCGCUGCUGCUAAGCAGGAGAGAAUGCUGAACAGCUUCGUUCUCUUUGUUGCCUUCGGGGAGUGGACGGGCAAUGCCUUCGGCGCGCUGGCUUUCUUGUGGGCCACAGUGGUCUUGCUGGGCGGGUAUGGCAAGGAACUCAACGAUAAGGACUUUGGUAUUGCAGCGGGUAUAAUCUUCGUAGAAGCCUUCAGGAUGUUCAGCCGCAACUACAGAUUGGAUGACCAGUCAAUGUUCAGGACUACAAGGGCGUUCAGAGCCAUAAGUUCGCCUUUUGCUCGCAUGCUCGUGCGACCGCAGGAAUGGAAUGAACUUGCGGCUAUCAUGGGUUCGUCCAUAUGCCUUGUAAAUUUCCUCCCAGAGCUGCCCUUGGGGGUGGUUCUGGCCAACAUCAUUAUGGCAGCCUUACUACUUUUGAUGAGCAAGUUGCAGUUUCCAGGGGCUCUGCAGCUCAUGAGCAGGCCCCGACGGUACCGGCGGCUGCUGCUCUGGGCUGUCCUAUCUGCCCUCCUGAUUAAGGCUGCUUUUCUCAUAUCAGAGAUGAUUCCAGGGGCCAUCAUACGAAUAAUGCUCUCAUCUUUCGGCCUUGCCAAUCUGCACCACAAUAAAUAUGGAGAGAAAAAGUUGUUGGGAUCUAUGGACGCCUUCUACGUGCUGACACUCUGCCAAGGGGCGCUCUACAUUGUGGCAUGCAUCUCCGAUCUCUUCUCCUUCUUCCUCCGCAGAUCGCUUGCCCGUCAAUCAGGACUCAGGGGUAAGCGAGGAGCAAGAGCUGUCGACCUGUACUACCACUGUGCCUACCUCAAGUGCAUGGAAACCGGUAUUCUCGCUGCGGGGAAGGAGAUCAGCCUCGCCAGCUUUGCCAUUGAGUCCCUCAGCUCUGGCUCACGUAAGAAGCAGCUCGCCAGGGUUCUCAUUCUUGACAGCCUGCUGCAACAGAGGGAAGAGCUCAUCUCAAGGAUCACCUGCUCCAGCAAAGCGGUGUCUUCCUUGAGCAACAUGCUCCAGCCAAGCUAG